AUGAAGCGGGAAGACAGGCUAGAGAAGCCCCGUGGGGCGGAGGUGCUGUGUAGUAAAGUCAUGAAUGAGCCUUGGUAUGACCGAGAACCGGAUGCGCCAGAAUUCAUCGACGUCAGUCCCCAAAAAAUUAAGCCGCAUCUGUCCCAGGACGUGAAGCUGGGCGGCUCGAUGAUGGUGUAUGUCCAGCCGCCGGGAAAAGAGGCUGGCGGCAGGGACUGCGCAGCAAUGGAAGCAAAAUACGAGGUGCUGGAGAAGCCGGGCCCGAAGGGGGAGCCCUUGGGCCGGGUUAAUGUCGCCAACAUCAGAAAUUACAUGGUCAGCUCCCGGAAGUACAAAGCGGAAGUUUUAUCUGGCGACACGGUCGAGCUGUGGCCAACGACAAAGGCCAAUUAUUUUAUGAUGGGCUUAAUCAAGGAGGUCUGCUGGGUCUGCGAAAAGGAGACUGGGGACCCAGGCAAUGGCCUUGCCUACAUCUGCGAGGGAUGCAACAAGAGCGUCCACGCUAAAUGCGCUGGCUUGCGGAGAGAGCUGCGGGAAGAUGAAGACUUCUUCUGCCGCCGUUGCCGGCCCACGGUAGCCGAGGACGUUAUUGGGGAGGAGGACGAAGAGGAGGGGGAGGAGGACGAGGACGAGGAGGAAGGGGAAGAAGAAGAGGAAUUCGCGACUACUGGCAAGUCGCGGGGGACGGGUCGGGGCAAGGAUGCGGUAAAGGGGGGCAAUAAGGGGAAGAAGAGGAAGGCUGCGAAGGGGGUUGAGGGCGACAUCGCCAACCCCAAGGCCAUCAAGCGGCGCAACAAGACAUCCAGCUAA